AUGUCGGACAAGCUCACCCGUAUCGCCAUCGUCAACAGCGACAAGUGUCGCCCGCGAAAAUGUCGUCAAGAGUGCAAAAAGUCGUGCCCCGUCGUGCGCAGUGGAAAGCUCUGUAUCGAGGUCCAAGGUGACUCUAAGCUGGCCUUCAUCUCCGAGUCUCUCUGUAUCGGUUGUGGUAUCUGCCCCAAGAAGUGCCCCUUCGACGCCAUUACCAUCAUCAACCUGCCCACCAACCUCGAGAGCCAGGUCACCCACCGAUAUGGCCCCAACAGUUUCAAGCUGCACCGACUUCCCAUGCCUCGACCGGGUCAGGUUCUGGGUCUCGUUGGAACCAACGGUAUCGGAAAGAGUACCGCCCUCAAGAUCCUGAGUGGAAAGCUUAAGCCCAACCUGGGUCGACACGAUAACCCUCCUGACUGGGAGGAUGUCAUUAAGUACUUCCGUGGUUCUGAGCUUCAGAACUACUUCACCAAGCUUUUGGAAGAUGACCUUAAGGCCGUGGUCAAGCCUCAGUACGUAGACCAGAUCCCCAGGGCCGUCAAGGGACCCAACAAGAGCGUCCGGUUCCUUAUCGAAAGCCGAGCUACCCUUGGAAACACCGAGCAGGUCGCCAACGUUCUCGAACUUAACCACAUCAUGGACCGAGACAUUAACCUCCUAUCUGGUGGUGAGCUUCAGCGUUUCGCCAUCGGUACUGUUGCCGUUCAACAGGCUGAUGUCUACAUGUUCGACGAGCCUUCUUCGUAUCUCGAUGUCAAGCAGCGUCUGAGCGCUGCUAUGAUCAUUCGUUCUCUCCUCCGUGAUAAUGACUACAUUAUCGUCGUCGAGCACGAUCUGUCUGUUCUCGACUAUCUUUCCGACUACAUCUGUGUUCUCUACGGUAGACCCGCCGUCUAUGGUGUUGUGACUCUGCCCCACUCCGUCCGUGAGGGUAUCAACAUCUUCCUCGACGGUCACAUCCCCACCGAGAACCUGCGAUUCCGUGAUGAGUCCUUGACCUUCCGUAUUGCGGAAACCACCGAAGAAUUUGCCAUCGAUAAGUCUCGUGCUUUCACUUACCCCAAGAUGGAGAAGACACUCGGCAACUUCAAGCUUAACAUAGAUGCCGGUGACUUUACCGAUUCCGAGAUCAUCGUCAUGAUGGGAGAGAACGGUACCGGAAAGACCACCUUCUGUCGACUCCUGGCCGGAGCCCUCAAGCCCGAUAGCAAGAGCAACGUUCCUGAGAUGCGAAUCAGCAUGAAGCCCCAGACCAUCACUCCCAAGUUCGAGGGCACUGUUCGCCAGCUGUUCUUCAAGAAGAUCAAGCAAGCCUUCCUGUCUCCUCAAUUCCAAACCGAUGUUGUCAAGCCUCUCAAGCUCGAGGACUUCAUCGACCAGGAAGUCAAGAAUCUAUCCGGUGGUGAAUUGCAGCGUGUUGCCAUUGUCCUUGCUCUCGGUAUCCCUGCCGAUAUCUACCUUAUUGACGAGCCCUCUGCCUACCUUGAUUCCGAGCAGCGUAUCAUUGCCUCUCGAGUCAUCAAGCGAUUCAUCAUGCACUCCAAGAAGACUGCUUUCAUUGUCGAGCACGAUUUCAUCAUGGCCACCUACCUUGCCGAUCGUGUUAUUGUCUUCGACGGACAGCCCGGUAUCGACGCCCAUGCCAACCAGCCUCAGUCCCUCCUCACUGGCUGCAACGCCUUCUUGAAGAACCUUGACGUUACCUUCCGUCGUGACCCUACCAACUACCGCCCCCGUAUCAACAAGAACGGAUCUCAGCUCGACCAAGAGCAGAAGAUGAGCGGCAACUUCUUCUUCUUGGAAGAGAACCCUGCUGAAAAGAGCUAA